AUGAAGGGAUCGAUUGUGGCCGCCGCCGUCGCGGUCCUCGCUGGAAGUGCCAGUGCCCGUUCGCACCAGCACCGCCAUGCUCACGACCUGUUCCAGAAGCGUGGCCUGACCACCGGUACUCCUCAGAACCAGAACGAGACCUGCGGUUGCACGACCUACUGGACCACCGUGACUGGUCCCGCCACCCUCUACACUCCUCCUGUCCCCCCUACCACCAGCACGCCUCCUCCCCCGCCGCCCACGUCGACCUUGUCUACGCCCGCGACCGUGCCCACGCCGAUCGCCCAGACCUGCCCGACCCCCGGCACCUACACCUUCCCGGCCACCACCGUCACCGUGACCGAGAGCACCACCGUCUGCGGUCCCUCGACCACCAAGGUCCCGACGGGCACCCACACGCUCGGCGGUGUCACGACCGUUGUCACGACCGCCACGACCGUCACUUGCCCCGUGGCCACGACUGAGACCAAGUCCAACGGCGUUGUCACCAGCGUCAUCAAGACGACCACCUAUGUCUGCCCCGCGGCCGGCACCUACACGAUCGCCCCCGUCACCGUCACUGUGACCAAGGAGACCGUCGUCUGCGUCCCCACCGUGACCAGCUACGCUCCUGGUACCUACACCGCUCCCGCCGUCGUCACCACCGUCGUCGAGACCGACGUUGUCGUCUACUGCCCCUUCACCUCGCCUGCGCCUCCUGCUCCCGUCAAGACCACCCAGGCCGCUCCCCCUCCGGCUCCCACCAAGGAGGCUACCCCGCCCCCGGCCAAGGAGACCAAGCCUGCCCCCAAGCCCCAGGGCACCGUCCCCAAGCUCGGCGGUGGUGAGCAGUGGGCUAUCACCUACACUCCCUACGGUCCCGGCGGUGUCUGCCGCACCGCUUCCGAGGUCAGCAACGACAUCGCCGCGAUCAAGAAGUCGGGCUUCUCCACCGUCCGUGUCUACUCGACCGACUGCGACACCCUCCCCAACGUUGGUGCCGCUUGCGAGCAGCAGGGCAUGAAGAUGAUCAUCGGUGUCUUCAUCAGCCAGCCUGGCUGCGACAACAGCAACCCCGACGUCGCCCACCAGAUCCAGGCCAUCAAGAACUGGGGCAAGUUCAACCUCGUCGAGAUGUGCGUCGUCGGUAACGAGGCCCUGCACAACGGCUUCUGCUCCGCCCAGCAGCUCGUCACCCUGAUCAAGGAGGUCAAGGAGGUCCUCGUCUCGGGCGGCUGCAACGCCCCCGUCACCACCACUGACACCGUUGCCGCCUGGCAGGGAUCCGGCGUCGCCGAGACCCUCUGCCCCAACGUCGAUGUCGUCGCCUGCAACUCGCACGCCUACUUCAACGCCGAGACCACGCCCGACCAGGCCGGCCCCUUCGUCAAGGGCCAGCUCGAGAUCGUCAAGGCCCUUUGCGGCGGCAAGGAGGGCUACGUCAUGGAGUCCGGCUGGCCCUCCAAGUGCAAGUGCAACGGCGUCGCCUGCUGCAGCCCCCAGGACCAGGCCACCGCCAUCUCCUCGCUCAAGCAGGCCAUCGGCGGCUCCAUCGCCUUCUUCUCCCACACCGAUGACGACUGGAAGGAGGAUGGCGAGUGCGGUUGCGAGAAGCACUGGGGCUGUGGUUCUCUGUUCUAG